AUGAGUCGCAACACAACGUUCCCACCCCAGAGCUCCCAGACCACCAACCUGCUGGACCCCCACAUCGUGGAACAUGUCCUGACGGUCCAGCUUUUCGUCUGUGGCGCCGCCGGGCUGUUCGGUAUCCUAGGCAACGUCAUCAACAUCCUGGUCUUCUACAAGCAGGGCUACGGCGAUAGCGUCAACAUCACCCUCACGGCACUCGCCGUCAGCGACACAGGGGCGCUGGUGACGCUCCAGGUCUUCUACCUGCUCAUGAACCCCUGGAUUCUGAACGGCGACCUUGACCUUAACCCCUUAGAUCUGAGCACGAUCAUAGCGUUCUACCCCCACAACUAUUUCAUCAGGGUCUGUGGGUUUAUCACCGCCUUCGCGUCUUUAGAAAGAUGCGUCUGUGUGGUCAAUCCUUUAAAAGUUAAACGCAUCUUCACCAACAAAACUGUCAUCGUCACCGUGAUUUUAAUUUUUGCUAUAACAACGUUGGAUCUGUUUCCUCUAUAUUACACGGUCUACCUAGGCAAGUCGUUUUCCGCUUCUUCCAAUACAUCCACCAUACACAUCAUGUAUCGCCAAAACCCAUACAUUGUCUUCAAUAUCUCGUAUUAUAUUAACGAUCUCAUGGCGCCGUACACAACUUUCUUCAUUAUACUAAUGAGUACAGGAAUAAUUACGAUCAAACUAAAACACCAAGCGAGAUGGAGACAAUCCAUGUCACAUGUCAAGACAGAGACACACAUCUCCAGCAGAGAGAAGAAGACAGUCAUCAUGCUGUCUACCAUCUCCAUCGUGUUCGUCGUCUGCCUCAUCCCGCAAUCUACCAUCCUGACAGCCAUCAGUUUCGUGCCCGACUUGAGAUUGGGAGGGAAAAAUUUCGGUGUGGCCCUCGUGUGCUACUGUGCCUCCUACCUCUCUGAGACCGUUCUCUCUAGUGUCAAUAUUUUUGUCUACCUCAGGAUGAGUCAGAAAUAUAGGGAACAGUUUUUCAUAAUAUUUACCCGAACAUAG